AUGCGCUUUGCAUCUCUCUUCCUCGGCUUGCUUGCGCUUCCAUUCGCAAUUGCAGCUCCUCUCGCGAAUGAAACGACUGCGGAUGGGGACGUUGAAACUCGUGGUUGCGUCAAUACUUUGACCGCAGAUGAGGCCAACGAGGUUCAGACUCGCCUCGACACCGAACUGGCCAAGGCCGAUGUUCCUGACUUUAACUCCAAUUCCACGCGUACUGCUCCUAUUCGUGUCGUAUGGCAUGUCGUCCACGGGUCCUUCUGGCCCUGGUCAAGCGGAUAUCUGUCAGAUUUCGACGUCCGGAGAUCCAUCAAUGCCAUGAACUCGCACUACGCUGGCACCGGCAUCCGGUUCACUCUCGGUGCAAUCAGGCGUACUCGAAACUAUAACUGGUUCAACUAUGCAGACUACGGAAAUGCCUAUCAGACAGCGAUGAAGAACGCCCUUCACGUUGGUGGCCGCGAGACGCUCAAUAUCUACUCCGUCAGGCUUACCCCCCGCACGCUUGGGUAUGCCACCUGGCCGUGGAACUACCGCAUUCGUCCGCGCGAUGAUGGUGUGGUCAUCAAGUACACCACCAUCCCUGGCGGAAGCAGCACAAACUACAACCAGGGCAAGACACUUACGCACGAAGUCGGUCACUGGCUUGGUCUUUACCACGUCUUCCAAGGAAACUCCUGCACUGGCCGUGGAGACUACGUUCAAGACACUCCUCCUCAGCUCACUGAAACAGUCGGUUGCCCCGCAUUCAAGGAUACCUGCCCAGGCGGAGGCCCUGAUUCUAUUCACAACUACAUGGACUACAGCUAUGAUAGGUGCAUGAAUCGAUUCACUUCAGGGCAAGGCUACCGUGCUCGCCAGGCGGCCUGGGUCUAUCGUGGUCUCUGA